UGUGUGAGUUUUUAAGUGCGUGUGUGUUUGUGUCUGUUGCUUGUCGUCAGUGUGUCCUUGGCUCUAUGGACAAGCAGCAGGUUAGCUAGAGAGCUACCGCUGGACUUGAACGGCUAUAGGAAUCCACAGCGAACGGCGCCAUAAGAGAAGCGGCAUCAUUUUCCAUCUACAAAAACAAUCCUCGUCCUCGCAGAUUAGACAGUCACACAACUCGAGAUGGCUUUCUUGAUCAAGAGCAUGAUUGGGAACCCCCUGUCGGGAAUGGGUCUCGGCGGCGGAGGCGACAAAGAGGAGGAGGCCACCCCCUCGGAUCCAGCCAAAGCGGCGGGGAUGACACGAGAGGAGUAUGAAGAGUACCAAAAACAAUUGGUGGAGGAAAAGAUGGAGAGAGAUGCAGAUUUCUUGCACAAGAAGGCGGAGAGGGCAACGCUGAGAGUGUGUCUGAGAGAAAAAUACAGGCUGCCUAAGAGCGAGCAGGACGAGAACAUGCUUGAGAUGGCCGGGGACGACGUGGAUGUGCCGGAGGAGCUGCUCAAGAUGGUGGACGAGGACGCCACGGAGGAGGAGAGCAAGGAGUCCCUCAUGGGCCAGAUUCAAAACUUGCAGAACAUGGACAUGGACCAGCUGAAGGAGAAGGCCUCGGCCACCGUCACCGAGCUGAAGAGCAAAGCAGAGGAGAAGUGCUCCGUCAUGUGAAUGGUCGUGUGUGUUUGCAGAGAAGAAGACGAGAAAGUGAUGCUUCCACCACUUUGUGGGAAUCUACACAUCAAGCUGUGGUAAAAAUAUCUCGGAUUCAGUCACACUGUAAAAUGCAAAAUCCUAUUUAUGUAACGCAAAAUAAAUCUGGCGUCACCAAUCUGUAUCCAAUGAACAAUCUACUGUAACGUUUCCCUGUUAGCUUGUUACUAAAUAUAAAAGAAAUCAUGGCCAUGGUGCCAUAUCUCUGUCACAUUAUUGUUUUUUUUUUGUUUUUUUUUUUAGUUGGUGAUGUAAAAAAAAGUGAGUUUCCCUGACACAUAACCACAAAGUUCUUAUGGUCCACAAUGAUCUUUACAAUUCUAAUUAUUUAUGAUAUAAUUUUCACAUUGUUCCUCUAUCUGUCACGAGAUGAGACAAUGUCAAAACGGUCUUAUGGAAAACAAAUCCUGUCUGAGUAUUUCCUUUCGCUUCCAUGGUUAUUCUAGUUUUCUUUUGUACGUGGUGUUUGAGUGAGUUUUGACAGUUAGCUUCUUCUUCUCUUUUUUUUUUCUUUCAGUGUUACUACAAAGCAGGUAAUCUUCACAACUUUUGACAUAUACAUUUUAAAGGUAAUAAAAACUGUUGAGCCUGAAAUGUUUGCAGAGACAUUUGCAGAUUUGCACAAAUCCUAAUUUAAAAAUACUGACUGAAAUAAAAACGAUGUACAUAAACAAUGACAAUAUAUAUAUACAUGGUGGUACUUCACACUAAUAAAAACAAAUGUAUUGUUCAAAUAAAGAUGUAUAUUGAAUACAA